AAACCUGGAGAGAUAGAUCCAAAUCCAGAAACAAAACCAGCUCGGCCUGAUCCAAUUGAUAUGGAUGAGGAUGAACUUGAGAUGCUUUCUGAGGCUCGAGCCCGCCUGGCCAAUACUCAAGGAAAGAAGGCUAAGAGGAAAGCAAGAGAGAAGCAGCUGGAAGAAGCAAGGCGCCUUGCUGCCCUCCAGAAAAGACGAGAGCUCCGAGCAGCUGGCAUAGAGAUCCAGAAGAAGAGGAAGAAGAAGAGAGGAGUUGAUUAUAAUGCCGAAAUCCCAUUUGAGAAAAAGCCUGCUCUUGGUUUUUAUGAUACUUCUGAGGAAAACUACCAGGCCCUUGAUGCAGAUUUCAGGAAAUUACGGCAGCAAGAUCUUGAUGGGGAACUUAGAUCUGAAAAAGAAGGAAGAGAUAGAAAAAAAGACAAACAGCAUUUAAAAAGGAAAAAAGAAUCUGAUCUGCCAUCGGCUAUUCUUCAAACUAGUGGUGUCUCGGAGUUUACUAAAAAGAGAAGCAAGUUAGUGCUGCCUGCCCCUCAGAUUUCAGAUGCAGAGCUCCAGGAGGUUGUCAAGGUAGGCCAGGCCAGUGAAGUUGCUCGACAGACUGCAGAGGAGUCUGGCAUUACAAACUCGGCUUCCAGCACUCUCCUGUCUGAGUACAAUGUCACAAACAGCAGCAUUGCCCUGAGAACACCGCGGACACCGGCCUCCCAAGACAGGAUUCUGCAGGAAGCUCAGAACCUCAUGGCCUUGACCAAUGUGGACACUCCAUUGAAAGGUGGGCUGAAUACCCCACUGCAUGAGAGUGACUUCUCUGGUGUGACCCCACAGCGGCAGGUUGUACAGACUCCAAAUACAGUUCUCUCUACGCCUUUCAGGACUCCUUCUAAUGGAGCUGAAGGGCUGACGCCCCGAAGUGGAACAACACCCAAGCCAGUCCCUAACGCCACCCCAGGUAGAACACCGCUUCGAGACAAGUUAAACAUCAAUCCGGAGGAUGGGCUGGCAGACUACAGUGACCCCUCUUAUGUGAAGCAGAUGGAAAGAGAAUCUCGUGAACAUCUCCGUCUAGGGUUGUUGGGCCUCCCUGCACCUAAGAAUGAUUUUGAAAUUGUUCUACCAGAAAAUGCUGAGAAGGAGCUGGAAGAGCGUGAAAUAGAUGAUACCUACAUUGAAGAUGCUGCUGAUGUGGAUGCUCGAAAGCAGGCCAUACGAGAUGCUGAGCGUGUAAAGGAAAUGAAACGGAUGCACAAAGCUGUUCAGAAAGACCUACCAAGACCGUCUGAAGUAAAUGAAACUAUUUUAAGACCUUUAAAUGUAGAACCACCUCUGACAGAUUUACAGAAGAGUGAAGAAUUGAUCAAAAAAGAAAUGAUUACUAUGCUUCAUUAUGACCUGCUACAUCACCCCUAUGAGCUAUCUGGAAAUAAAAAAGGAAAAACUGUUGGAUUUGCUACCAACAAUUCAGAGCACAUUACCUAUCUUGAGCAUAGCCCUUAUGAGAAGUUCUCCAAAGAAGAACUGAAAAAGGCCCAGGAUGUGCUGGUACAAGAGAUGGAAGUGGUCAAACAAGGAAUGAGCCACGGAGAACUCUCCAGUGAAGCUUACAACCAGGUGUGGGAAGAAUGCUACAGUCAAGUUCUGUAUCUUCCUGGUCAGAGCCGCUACACAAGAGCUAAUCUUGCCAGCAAAAAGGACAGAAUCGAAUCCCUUGAAAAGAGACUUGAGAUAAACAGGGGUCACAUGACAACAGAAGCCAAGAGAGCCGCAAAGAUGGAAAAGAAGAUGAAAAUUUUGCUUGGCGGUUACCAGUCUCGUGCUAUGGGGCUCAUGAAACAGUUGAAUGAUUUAUGGGACCAAAUUGAACAGGCCCACUUGGAGCUGCGCACUUUUGAAGAACUCAAGAAACAUGAAGACUCUGCUAUUCCCCGGAGGCUAGAGUGUCUGAAGGAAGAUGUGCAGCGGCAACAGGAUCGAGAGAAAGAGCUUCAGCAGAGGUACGCAGAUCUGAUGAUGGAGAAAGAGACUUUACAGGCAAAGUUCUGAAGCCCAGCUGAUGCUCUGCCACCGAAGAACUAGUUGCUGGUUUCAUACUCUGCAAGGCUGAAACUGACAUUUCUCUUCAUUGACAAAUUCACCCAGCACCUGUGGUUUUCAGUUGUUUGUUUUGAAUGGUACCGAUCUUGCGCGUUCCGUGUUACAGACUUGGACUCCGGGAUAAUGAGGGUUUAAAUUAUCCAGACGCUCAUUCUUUGCCAGUGUCACAUUUGCAAAA